AUGGAUUUCGUUUUUCACUCGUUGCCUUUUUCUGGUGGCAGCGCAUCACAAACCUUGCUGCUGUGGUGGCACACUGGAGGGUGCUUGCUGGUAUCUGGGUUCCCUGACCCUGUUCUGGAUGUUCCCUGGACCCUGUUCCCUGGACCCUGUUCCCUGGACCCUGUUCCCUGGACCCUGGACCCUGUUCCCUGGACCCUGGACCCUGGACCCUGGACCCUGGACCCUGUUCCCUGGACCCUGGACCCUGGACCCUGUUCCCUACACAUUUGCUCCCUGCCCCUCCUGCUGGUCCUCACCGUCAGCCAGUCCACUCCCAUGCAGGUGUCCAUGCUGCUUGCAGUCACAGGCGUCCUCCUCAUUCUGCUCCUGGUCUUCUCUGGCUAUGUCGUUCUGUACUGUCGCACCCGCAUGUCUGGCGUGUGGAGAGGUGAACGCUCGUCCCGGGCCAAAGGCACAUUCCUCAUCCACUACCUCCACCUCAUCCUGUCCUUCCUGCCCAUGUUGGUGCUUCUCAUCAAGCUACUGCUCUACUGCCACCUUGAUGCCCUGGACCUGCGUGCCAACCUGUGGGUGUCCCUGGUGGUGUGUAACAUCCUCCUGGUGCUCCCCAAGGCCCUGGCUCCCUACCUGUACGGCCUCAGGUACAGGCACCUGUGUGAGGCCUUGUUGGCCUUUUAUGGGCUGAAGCGGCCCACCGCCGUCUCGCCUGUCUUGUGAGAAUAAAACAAUAAAACAUUUUCCUGGACUUAUAAGAAUAUUAGCACAGAAGAAGAAUUGAGGAGAUGGGUCGGUUGACACAUGUUUCACUCUGGUGUUUUUCUCAGCAUCAGUAUCUUACAGGAGAAUUUUCAAUAUUAAGAGAAAUAUCAAGGUCUUGAGUUGAAAUGGGGACCCUUUUUCUCCUCAUAUUUUAUUCCAACAUGGAG